AUGUCUCCCUCACCCACAAUCCUUCUCAUUGGCGCCUCGCGUGGCCUUGGUCAUGCUAUGGCGGCCGACUUCCUAGAAAGGGGUUGGGACGUUACCGGCACAGUCCGCGGAGAGUCACGAACAUUACUUCACGACUUGGCGGACAAGUACAACGGCCGCGUCGAAAUUGAGACUUUGGAUAUUUGCCAACCCGAUCAAAUCGACGCGCUGGACAAACGUCUCUCUGGGAAGACAUUUGACGCCCUCUUUGUGAAUGCCGGCACAACAAACCAUGACCAGACUCAAAAGAUUGGAGAGGUGUCAACCGACGAGUUCAUCCAUGUCAUGGUCACGAAUGCGCUCAGCCCCAUGCGCGUCCUUGACAAGCUGGCACAUCAUGUCAUCCCCGACGGUCUCAUCGGCGUCAUGUCAUCUGGACAAGGAAGCAUAAGCAAUAACGAAACGGGCCAGCGAGAGGUAUAUCGUGGCACCAAAGCUGCGCUUAACAUGUAUAUGCGGAGCUUUGCGGCGCGUCAGGCCCCGUCGCGCCCGAUGGUGGCCAUGGCUCCGGGGUGGGUUAAGACCGAGUUGGGGGGUCCGGAUGCUCGGCUUACUAUUGGAGAAAGCAUUCCCAGCUUGGUUUCUGUACUUUUGAAAAAGAGAGAAAGGCCUGGACUUGAAUACCUCGACUACCUUGGUCGGACUGUGCCUUGGUGA